AUGUCCAAAUACGAACGGGCACUCGCCCUUAUCGACGCCGCGCACAGCGACGACCCCACCACCACCGGCGAACCCCCGGCCCCCUACGAACUGCACUACGCCCAAAAAAUGACGAGCUACCUGGAAAAGCUCGAUCCCUCCGCCCCAGACCUUCUCCGCCUCGCAAUCCGCGCCCAGCACCUGCGCCGCUGGGAAGUCCCGCGCGCCUCGUACCCGCAGACCAAAAUAGGGUACCACAGCUGGCGCGCAGGGCUGCAGCGGCGGCAGGCGGAGCUGGUCGAGCAAAUGUGUGUGGAGGCCGGGUACAGUGCGGCGGAGGCAGGGCGGGUCGGCGCGUUGGUGCGCAAGGCAGAUUUGAAGAGCGGGGAUCCGGAUACGCAGACGCUUGAGGAUGUGGCGUGCUUGGUGUUCCUGGAUGACCAGUUUGAUCGGUUCGAGACGCAGCUGGCGGAUGAGGAGAAGAUGGUGGAUAUUUUGCGGAAGACGUGGGGGAAGAUGUCGGAGCGUGGGCGUGAAGAGGCGUUGAAGAUUGGGUUGUCGGCGAAAGGGGGAGAAUUGGUGCAGCGGGCGUUGGGCGGGUGA